AUGGCUUCAGGAAAGAUCUUGGUCACGGGUGCUGGAGGGAAUUUGGGUGGAUUGACGAUUGAUCUCCUUCUCGAAAAAGUGUCCCCUGAAAAGCUUGCUGUUAUUACUCGAGAUCCCUCGAAACUCAAGCGCCUCGUCGAUCAAGGGGUUUCGGUGCACAAGGCGGACUACCUGGACUACGACUCGCUCCUUUCUGCGUUCCAAGGAGUUGAUAAAAUCAUGUUUAUCGGUGCACACGCCUUCACCGACCGCAUCAAGCAGCACUUCAACGUCAUUACGGCUGCGAGACAGGCCGGAGUGAAGCACGUCGUCUACACCUCGAUCCAGCGCCGAGAGGGCUCGGGCGUGGUGCUGUGGGACAUCACCGAGAGUGACACCUUCACCGAGCAGGCCCUGCGCGCAUCCGGCAUGGCAUACACCAUCAUGAUGCAGCCGUCUUUUUUGGAGACGUUUUUCUUGUAUUUUGGUGCCAAGGCGCUUGAAGACGGCGUGCGUAUGCCGUUUGGGAAAGGAAAGACAGCCCCUGUUACGCGAGACGACCUCGCAGCGGCCAAUGUUGCUGUGCUGACGCAGCCUGGGCACGAGAAUAAGACCUAUAAGCUGAGUGGCGACGAGGCGUUUUCGUUUUCCGAGAUUGCGCAAAUCCUAGGCGAAGUCAAGGGCAGAAAGGUAUCGUCCGAAAACAUCAGCGAGGACGAGUAUCUGGACUUUGACUUCCAUGGACUAGAGAAUGCACCGAAGCAGUUCCCCCUUUUCCGCUUAGCUUGGGUGAAGGCGAUGAAUAAUGGCGAUUUCGAGGAGACGACGGGAGAAUUGGAGCGGUUGAUUGGGCGGAAGCCGACCACGUUUCGUGAAUAUAUGAAGAACAACUAUCCCCCUGUGUAG